GAUGCGCACUUCCGGUCGGGGCGCCGAGGGGAGCUGAGGGGAGGCGGGACGGGCCCCGGGACCGGCCGAGGGACGGAGCGACGCACCGAGACCGGGCGGCGAAGGAGGAGCCGCGGCCCGCCGGCCCGCCCCUCAUGUCGGCCAUGGAGAAGACCAUGCACUUGGGCCGCCUGCCCUCCCGGCCCCCUCUGCCCGGGGGCGGCGGAGGACAAUCCGGAGCCAAGAUGAGAAUGGGCCCUGGAAGAAAGCGGGAUUUUUCCCCGGUCCCCUGGAGCCAGUACUUCGAAUCCAUGGAAGAUGUUGUGGUUGAGAAUGAAACCGGUAAAGAUACUUUUCGAAUUUACAAGAGUGGUUCCGAGGGCCCCGUCUUGCUGCUGCUGCAUGGGGGAGGCCAUUCUGCUCUCUCCUGGGCCGUGUUCACUGUAGCCAUCAUCAGUAGGAUUCAAUGUAGGAUUGUGGCCUUGGAUCUGAGGAGUCACGGCGAAACGAAAGUUAGGAACACCGAAGACCUGUCUGCGGAGACGAUGGCCAAGGAUGUUGGGAAUGUGGUCGAAGCUCUGUACGGGGAUCUGCCUCCUCCAAUCAUGCUGAUCGGGCACAGCAUGGGCGGGGCAAUCGCAGUCCACACCGCAGCCUCCAACCUGGUUCCAAGCUUACUGGGGCUUUGCAUGAUCGACGUGGUGGAAGGCACAGCCAUGGAUGCGCUCAACAGUAUGCAGAAUUUCUUACGUGGCCGCCCGAAGACCUUCAAGUCACUGGAGAAUGCAAUAGAGUGGAGUGUGAAGAGCGGUCAGAUAAGGAAUCUGGAAUCUGCGCGAGUUUCUAUGGUUGGCCAAGUAAAACAGUGUGAGGGGACGACUAGUCCAGAAGUCUCUAAAGCCAUAGAAGAAGGGAUCAUAGAGGAGGAAGAGGAAGAUGACGAGGGGGGCGAAUCUGUCAACAAAAGGAAGAAGGAAGAUGAUACUGAGACCAAGAAAGACCACCCGUACACUUGGAGGAUCGAGCUCGCCAAAACCGAAAAGUACUGGGAUGGCUGGUUCCGGGGUCUGUCCAACCUCUUCCUUAGCUGCCCGAGUCCCAAAUUGCUGCUUCUGGCAGGUGUGGAUAGGCUGGAUAAAGACCUGACCAUUGGGCAGAUGCAAGGAAAGUUCCAGAUGCAGGUACUUCCUCAGUGUGGUCACGCGGUGCACGAAGAUGCUCCAGACAAAGUAGCUGAAGCCGUCGCCACUUUCUUGAUCCGUCACAGGUUCGCUGAGCCAAUUGGAGGAUUCCAAUGCGUGUUCCCGGCUUGCUAGGUUCCGGCAUUCUUCAGCCCCCACUUCCUCUGUAAAUAAAGUGCAUCGGAGGGAGGCCCGCGUGGCCCGUCCGUGACCAUUCCUCUCCCCAGUCUGGCAAGGAGAUCUUGGCUUCAGCUCGUCGGCAGAACUAGCCUCCCCGCUCGCGUGGAAUCCUGCCAGACGCCUCCCGCCGGGUCUCUGCGUCUCGGUUUCCAUCUGCUCUCUUAAGGCAGUGUCCGCGCUCCGCCUCUGCCCCAUCCCGCCCCCCUCCUAGGUCCGGAGCCACCGCUGGCCCGUUGCCCACAGACCCGAGUCAGGACGGGCGCCUUCUUACGGGAUUGUUCUCUCGGAGGAAAUUCUCAAAGGGCCGAGCUCUGGCUCCCGACUUUUCCAUCAGCAGAAGUGAACCCAGCCUGGCCCCAGCAGCCUCUCUCUUUCCGCCUCUGCUCCCGGGACCGUAAACGACCCGUCCGGGCCCGGGCCCGAGUCCCAGAGCCCCAGGUGAGGCGUUGGCGUGGCCCGUUAGCGUCUUUCCCCGGGCUGAAGGAAGGUUGCUCCUAGAACACCGAGUCCUGUGCGGCCAGGGUGCCCUGCCCGCCUGCCUGCCUCCCUGCCCGUCCGCCCGCCCGCCCUUCCGCCCGCCGGCUGGACUCCCCACUGAGAGCAGUAGGGCAGAUGCCCUAGGAGACAGGAUGGGUGCGUGGCGGCAUGAGAGCCGGGUUGCUGUUUUCUUUGUGUUUUUUACCCUUCCAGACUGGGGUGUCGAGAUGUUUUUGCCGUGCUUUUGUUCAGGUGCAUUUUGGUCUGGUAGUGGAAUGGGCCCGCGCCAGGUCUGAAAGAAGCAGGUUUUGGGGUGGGGCGGCGGCCAGAGGGGAGGGGAGCCUUAGAUGACUGUGUUCCGAGGGGGCGGAAUGGCUGGAGAACCUGGCCUCGGCACCCAACUUGCCCUGCCCCUUGCCACUCAGCCCGAGGCGUCUGCUACUGCUCAGCCCGCCACUUGCAGCCUUCUCUUGGGGGCGGAGAUUUCUGGGGCAACAGAUUGACUUUGUUCCAGAGUCUGACCCGUGCGGGACACCCCAUUUAGAGGAACGGAGUCGUCAUGACGGACGGGGAUAUCGUUAAGUCCCGGUCGCUCCAGGGGCAGAGGGGCGGGGAGAAGGCAAAACCCAUCACACGGAACCGCGGGCUGGGGGCAGGGGUAGGCCAUCCCCAGCCCUUCCCGGGCAGCGGAAGCCGGCCUGCAGGACGGGAGAGAGCAGGGCUGGAAAGGGGAGCUUUGAUACCUGCAGUUAAUCCCCAGAUUGAGAGUCGACUGGGGGCGUUCAGGUGAGUCUGCCUGGCUGGGCUUGGGUGCCUCCCGCAUCCCGGCCUCUGUGCACUCAGCCGCGGAGUUUCCUUUUGUCAUCCAGACCCUGGUGGGGGACACCGUCCACGACGCCCAGAUCGAUGGUUCUCCUCUGUCUCCACGUCACGUAGCCAUAGGAACUGGGCGGUCAGACCAAUCCCAGAGGCCCGGGCGGCAACCUCUCCCCGGCGUCAGGAAGGGAACGUCAGUGAGGGUGGGGAAGCCCGGGCCGCCCCCGAAGCCUUUUCCGUCUGUCGUAGGUGAAGCACUACAAGCAACCGUUCUGUCUGUUCUGCUGUGCAGUGGGCGCUUGGGAAUCGAUCGUCUGUUCCUUUGAUAUUUAUGACCUGGUUUCAAAAGAAUAAAGAUUUCCCAACCCGC